AGCACACUCUUAUCUAAGUGAUAAAAUUAGCCGAGUUCGCACUGUCAUUUGAAACAUUUGUCGAUCUAAACAGCUACCAACAACACAUAGAAAACAUGGUUGUGUCAAUGGAACGCUGGAAGGGCAAAAUAGCUAUAGUCACCGGAGCGAGUACCGGAAUUGGUGCCUCCAUUGCUGAAAAACUAGUAGAAGAGGGUUUGCAAGUCGUCGGACUUGCCCGCCGUUCCGAACUCAUAGAACAACUCUCCUCAAAACUCCAGAACAAAGAAGGAAAAUUACACUCCAUAAAAGCAGACAUUUCUAAGGAAGAAGACAUCCUAAAAGCCUUUAAAUGGGUGUCCGACAAUUUGGGCCCUGUUCACAUUUUAAUAAACAAUGCAGGCAUCAUCCAACAAUGCAACUUAUGUGAUGGAGAAACCGAAAAGUGGAAAAAGGUCCUCGAUGUUAACGUUCUCGGUUUAUGCGUAUCCACAAGAGAAGCUGUGAAAGUCAUGAAGGCUAACAAUAUUGAUGGACAUAUUAUCCACAUUAACAGCAUUGCGGGUCAUUCUGUGUUAAAUAUUCCUGGUAUGAACGUUUAUCCAGCGUCAAAACACGCAGUGGCAGCUUUGACUGAAACUCUGCGGCAGGAAUUGAACCAUUUGGGUCUCAAAAUUAAAAUCACGAGUGUUAGUCCGGGAGCGGUUAGUACUGCAAUGGCUGAAAACAACGAUUUGGUUAUGAGUAAAGACCUAAUGGAAAUGGUAAACAAAAUGCCGAAAUUGGCAUCAGAAGAUAUAGCUGACUCUGUAUUGUAUGCUCUGUCAACGCCACCUCAUGUUCAAGUGCACGAAUUAAUUAUUAAACCUGUGGGAGAAAAAGAGUGAGCUGUUAUUUACGACGAUAUGUAUGUAAUUGCGACUGUAUGUACAAGGAUUUAAUAACGUUUUAUUGCAUUUGUUUGAU